GGUUGGUGAAGAGAAAGAGGCGUUGGACUUGGAAACGCCCUUUUGCGUUACGAAAAAACGUUGACAUUAGCUUUUUCAAAUCACUCAAAAUCAAAAACAUUCGCCUUCUUUUUCUCUCUGUACUGCGCAAAACAAAGCAAAUCGACGGCGGAGAUGGCACUAUCACGGCUCUCUUCUCGAUCCAACAUUCUCCUGCAACCAUUCGCCGCCGCCUCCCCCGCGGCUCUUCGCCGCCAGAUUUCAACAGACACCUCGCCAUUGACAGUCGAGACCUCAGUCCCAUUCACAUCCCAUCUCUGCGAGGCGCCGUCACGCGCCGUCGAGACGUCAUCCAAAGAGCUUCUCUCGUUCUUCCACGACAUGACUCUGAUGCGGCGGAUGGAGAUCGCCGCCGAUUCUCUCUACAAAGCGAAACUCAUCCGUGGGUUCUGCCACCUCUACGACGGCCAAGAGGCCGUGGCGAUCGGGAUGGAGGCGGCGAUUACCAAAAAGGACGCGAUUAUCACCUCCUAUCGAGAUCACUGUACGUUUCUAGGUCGCGGUGGGGGGCUUUUCGAGGCCUUCUCGGAGCUCAUGGGAAGAAAGACGGGUUGCUCUAAUGGCAAAGGAGGGUCUAUGCAUUUCUACAAGAAGGACGCUUCGUUUUACGGCGGUCAUGGGAUCGUUGGUGCUCAGGCUCCGUUGGGAUGCGGUUUGGCUUUUGCUCAGAAGUACUCAAAGGACGAAGCUGUGACGUUUACAUUGUACGGUGAUGGCGCAGCGAACCAGGGACAGUUGUUUGAGGCUUUGAACAUCGCGGCGCUUUGGGACUUGCCUGCGGUUUUGGUUUGCGAGAACAACCAUUAUGGGAUGGGAACGGCUGAGUGGAGAUCGGCCAAGUCUCCGGCUUAUUUCAAGCGUGGAGACUAUGUUCCUGGCUUAAAGGUGGAUGGUAUGGAUGCAUUGGCUGUGAAGCAAGCGUGCAAGUUCGCCAAAGAACACGCACUCAAGAAUGGGCCUAUUAUCCUUGAGAUGGACACUUACAGGUACCACGGCCACUCUAUGUCUGACCCAGGAAGCACUUACCGUACUCGUGAUGAGAUCUCAGGCGUGAGGCAGGUGCGAGAUCCAAUUGAUAGAGUGAGAAAGUUGAUCAUAUCUCAUGACAUAGCUACGGAGAAAGAGCUUAAGGAUAUGGAGAAAGAAGUGAGGAAAGAAGUAGAUGCAGCGGUAGCUCAGGCCAAGGAGAGCCCGAUACCGGAAUCAUCAGAGCUUUUUACAAAUAUAUACGUGAAAGGUUUCGGAUCUGAGUCUUUUGGAGCAGACAGAAAGGAACUGAGAGCAACACUUCCAUAAAAAAUUUGGUCGCGGUUAUAAUGCCCAUCACACAUCUCGUCUCUUAGAUUCGUCCUGACCGCAACUCCCUGCAUGAGAUCCCGGUUCAAUAAAUCCCAAGACCAGCUAAAUAUUGCUCCAAACGUUUUGGUUUUCAACUCAAUUCAAGUGUAAGAGCAUUUUUUUUUGCAGUUUCUCAGCUUCAUUCUAAUAACUCUUCUUGAUUGUUUCCGAAACACCAUAAAGUGCAAAUUGGGUUAAAACUCAAAAAGCGUUGAUUCCUUUUAUGAGAGGAACGGUUAUAGUCUCCUAAUUCUUUUUUUCUACUUAAACUCAUUUCUUUAAACUCCCAUAGACAAUAAACCAGAUAAAUGUGGGAGUCUAUGCUCAGACGUUUGGUGCAACACUUGCAUGAACUUCCUUCAAAACAAAUUUUAUACGCUGAAACAAAUGUUUGGUGUGCUGAUCAUGAAGAAAAAGACAUGAGUCGUAUCAAAUCAUGGAGCAAGCUAUUCAGGAGUACCCAUACAAUUCUAAAGUAUGUGCAUAUAAUUUUGAGGAAAUCGAGUUUAGAGAAAUGAACUUGCAUUUGGCUCCUGUUAGAGAUGAGUUUGUGUUUGAGUAUGAGGUAACUCUGGUUCCUAUUCAUAACACCUCAAGUAUGAAGAUAUUUAGCGAUGAUCUAGAUAGCUGGAGAUUCUGUUUUAUCCAAGUGUUCCUAUGUAUGGUUUGCAAAUAGUUUUUUUUUUGUAAUUUCUUUUACUUUAAAUAUAAUUUUUAAACUACAUGUCGUUAUAUAAUUAGUGAAAGACAUAACAGUGUCCUUACAUAAUUAACCAAAUUUAUUGAAUUAAAAGAUAUAGGAAAAUGUUUUUGCCUCGGCGUUAGGAUAACAGCAGAAACGAGAAGAGAAGGCAAAGAGUUGGUUUACUACUUGGCUUUGGUCUGUCUUCUUCUAGCUGUUGCAUUGUAGUAAUAAUAUAAAAGCAAGUGGAGAGGUAAAGAAGACAAAGUCUCUCAAUGAACCUAACCCGUGUUGUACUCGCCAAGCAAAGCAAAGCAUCAUUCUUUUUUUUUUUUUUGGGUCAAAAGCAAAGCAUCAUUCUUCUUAAUUCGUUAGAUCAUAAAUUGUCACAUACUCCACCAAACAUCACACAUUUAUUAUAUCCAUAAUUAUUGUAAAAAAAUAGAGGAAAAUAUAUCUACCUUCUCCGUCCGUAUCCAAGACGACAUCAUUGUUUCACCACCUAACUUCACAAGCUAACUCUGC